AUGAUGAUAAACUUCACACAGGUUUCAUAUUUUACGUUGGGUGCCUACUUUGAUACCAGGUUUUUUAAAUACUUAUAUUUCCUGAUUAUUCUGGCUAUUUAUAUUUUAAUUAUUUGUUCCAAUGUUUUGCUCAUUGUGGUUAUUUGUAUGAACAGAAGCUUACAUGAACCUAUGUACCUUUUUCUGUGCAGCCUGUUUGUAAAUGAACUGUAUGGAAGUACAGGGGUGUUUCCAUUCCUUCUGGUUCAGAUCCUCUCUGACGUUCACACUGUUUCUGCUCCACUUUGUUUCCUGCAGAUCUUCUGUUUGUACUCCUAUGGAGGUGUAGAAUUUUUAACCUUAGCCAUCAUGUCUUAUGACAGAUAUCUUGCUAUCUGUUAUCCUCUACAUUAUAAUAAACAUAUGACUUCCAAAAAGGUUGCCAUCCUCACUUUGUUUGUGUGGCUGUAUAGUGCACUUCCCCCUGCUGUCAUGAUUUCUUUAACUUUCCCUUUACAGCUGUGUGGAAACAUCAUUAACAAAGUGUACUGUGACAACUACCCCAUUGUUAAACUGGCCUGUUAUGACACAACGGUCAAUAACAUCUAUGGACUCGUUUACAUGUUUACUGUAGCCUUAGGUCUUAUCAUUUUAAUUAUUUACUCUUAUAUGAAGAUUCUUAGAGUUUGUUUCUCUGGUUCUAAACAGACCAGACAGAAAGCUGUCAGUACCUGCACACCUCAUCUCGCUUCCCUCCUGAACUUCUCCUUUGGGUGUUUCUUUGAAAUAGUUCAGGGCAGAUUUAAUAUGAACGGUGUUCCUAACAUGUUACGUAUUUUUUUAUCCUUAUACUGGCUUACAUGCCAACCGCUCUUUAACCCUUUACUGUACGGACUGAAAAUGUCCAAAAUACGCAUCAUAUGUAAAAGUCUUGCUUUUGAAACAAAAGACAGAAUCCAGACGGCCAUGAAACCCAUAAUGGUGACCAGCAGGGAGACGGAGGGAACCGCUCUGGAUGGUCAUGAGGUUCUGGAGGGUCAUGAGGUUCUGGAGGGUCAUGAGGUUCUGUUCAGCCUCCACAGGCCUCUUAGGAACAUAAAGUCAUUGAGCCUGGGUUAA